AUGAUGGAUACCACACAGCAGCGCCAUACGCCAAGCUCCAUCGCAGAACAAGAGCUUUUUUUCACGUCGGGUUCUCAAGCUCACGGAAGACAUGAGCAUGAAUAUGACCAACAAGCUCAGAAUCGCUGGUACGAUGACCUCAACGAUGACUCACCUAUCGUCCCAACACGCAGCGAUGUCCCUGCAGUGAACAUUAUACCUGCCACGCCGACGACCGUUCGCUCCAAUAGCGUACGCUCACAGUUCUCUUUCAAGGACCCCAACGAGCAAAAGCAUAUCACGGGACCCCUUCCGGAGGUAGAGGAGGAGGAUAACAUUUAUGACCCCCCAGAAAACCCUCCCAACAACAAGAUUCACGACUCUCCUACUACCAAAAGUCACUCGCCACCACCUAUUGAAUCGAAGGCUCCAGCUGAAGAGAUGGCUUCUUCAUCGCAGCCUCCAUAUCAAUCAACGCAUCCAAAUGACUACUACUCCCCACCUACACCAGAGCCCGCCAUUCCGCAUCAUGACACCGGAUACGAGUAUCCUCACCCACAACCCCAAGCCCAAUCCCAAACACAACCACAACCACAAUCUCAACCCAAUGAACAUCAUAUGUCGGAUGACAAGGGGAAAUCUCCCGAACCUCCGCUGCAACAUCAUGAUGUCGGGCACGGAUAUUCUGAACCCGUCAUGAAUGAUACACCAUAUGACAAGGGAAAGUCUCAUGAGUCUCCAGUAGCCGGUGCUGAGGAGGAACGGCCUCCGCUACCCGGCCCAAGGCCCUCUAAUCCAGAAAUCACGGAUUACUACGCUCAAUCACAUGCAGCUGAUCCCGCCAUACAAGAGCAAGAAGACCGUGACUAUGCAAUGGCAUUAGCGCUCCAGGAAGAAGAGGAGGGUGAGCGACCACCUCUUCCACAGCGCCCGUCGAAAAGCUCCUACGGUUUGGACCACAAAGAUCCUCUUUCGUCCCAUCCCGUCUCGACGGAAGACGAAGAUCGCGCUCUUGCGAUGCGGCUACAGCAAGAAGAAGAAGAGGGCGGGGGCUCGGUACCUCCACUACCAACACGGCCACACCCAGAUGCCGUAGCAGCGAUGCUCGCCCAUCAACAGCAGCAACAAGAGCCACCGCCAUUUACAAGGACUCCAUCGACAGAGGGGCUCAUGGCUCCUCCCAAACGCCAGGGCACAGAUUUUGGCGGCGAUGAUCCUAACAACCCGGUUCAUUAUUCGCGAGAUCCCCAGAAGCUCAUUGCGUACCUGGUUCCCUUUCCCAAGCCGUGGUUAGGUGCCAGAGCGCCUACGGACGCCAUUCCUACGCGCUUCCUGAUUUAUACUCCUCCACCUCCGCCGCUCCAAGCGCCGCCUGAGGGGGUAAAAGAAGGCGUUACACACAAGGUGCAGCGGAAGUGGCAGAAUGAAGUUCGUCAGGCCAAGCAGAGCGACGCCAAGACAACAAGCUGGGCUGGCUUCAAGGCCAAGUGCACGCGUGGCGUAGAUAAGGCUAUGCAAUACACAACCACAAGCAACUUGGAUUUCCUCGCCCGUGUGACACCACCACCGUCGGCAUCUUCAUCUUCCAACCUUGCCAGUAAGCUCUCGAUCAAGGGCAUUGGCAAGAAGGGCAAGUCGAAUGAGAACAAGGAGGAAACUGCCAAAGGGAAGGGAUCUGCGGGUGUCGACGAGCAUGCCAGUGAAAUAAAACUCAAUGAUGAAGAGGCCACACCAGCGGACGAAAAGGCAAGGGAAGCAGGCUUGGAUGAAAAGGCGAGAGAAGAGAAUCCAUUUGAGGAAAAGUUCAGCGAAGACAGAGUGCGCGAUGAGAAGGUGCAUCACGACGAGAAAGGGGAUAGGUCGCCGGACGACGUCAAGGAGCACGACGUAUUUCAAGACGACGAUCCCGCCCAUCAGUCUCACGAGACCAAGAAAACGGUUGGCGUCGAGGAGAUUGUCUUUGUCUACCCACCAACCAUGAACAUGACACCAGAGGCUAUGCGGGAAGAGUUCAUCAACACGAUGCUCCGCACAAAGUCCAAAGCUCAACGAGACGCCAUCAUUGCUACGGGCCUUUUACCUGUCUCAUUAGCUAUCGACUUGGUCAUGAUUGCCGUCAGCGGACUCUUUGAGGUCAAUGCUGUGUGGGCAUACUUCACCAUCAAGGGCACCAAGACCGCCCGCUCAGUCACCAAGCGCAUCGCUUCCAAGUCUCAGAAACCCGAAACAAUCGAUCCUCAAAAGUCCGAGAAGGAAAUGGAGAAGGAGGACAAGCUCAAGCUUACCUUCAAACCCGCCCCCCGUACCGACAUCCUCACCCGCUAUCUCGAGGCUGAGUGCCAUCGCGUUGAUUCCAGGUUGUUCCCGAGGUACACCACGGCGCCAACUGAAGUGUAA